AUUAGAAUUUGUAGAACAUGGAUUCGAAAAUGUAAAUAAUUUUGUUCGCGUUAUGACUUGUACUGGUGAUUGCUUAGCCUAAGUUCCUUCAUAAAAUAUUGUCAAUUUUAAUUGUUAGUAUAAUCUAUAGUGAAUGUUUCGAAGGUUAUAUCUUAACACUAUAAGAACCUUUUGCUCUGCUGAGAAAAAUAGGAAUGUUACUAUGAAGUACCUUAACGUUGCUGAGAAAAACGAUGCCUCAAAAAACAUCGCUAACCUACUGUCCCGUGGGACAGCUCAACGGCGUGAAGGAUUUUCUCCAUACAAUAAAAUCUAUGAAUUCGAAUACACAAUCCGAGGACAGCGAGUUCAAAUGGUUAUGACUUCCGUUUCUGGUCAUUUGUUGAAUUUCGAGUUUCUGCCCUCCUUUCGCGGUUGGAACAGUUGUAAUCCUGAACAACUUUUCGAAGCUCCCGUACGGAAAAAUUGUACCGAAAACGCACAAAAAAUAAAAAAGACCCUGGAACGUGAGAUUCGUGGUUGCCAAACACUAGUUAUUUGGACCGAUUGUGAUCGCGAGGGUGAAAAUAUCGGAUUCGAAAUCAUCGAAGUCUGUCGAGCUAUCAAACCUCAGAUCCGUGUACUGCGAGCUAAAUUUUCGGAAAUUACAACACCAUCUGUAAAACGCGCAGUGGAAAAUCUGGCGGAACCAGACGAACGACAAAAUGAAGCGGUCAAUGUAAGAAGUGAAUUAGAUUUGCGAAUAGGAGCUGCAUUUACCCGGUUUCAAACGUUGCGGCUGCAAAGUGUUUUUCCGGAAAAAAUAGUCAAUAAUUUGGUCUCCUAUGGCAGUUGUCAAAUCCCAACGUUGGGCUUCGUUGCCCAACGGUAUAAAGAAAUCGAAAGAUUUAUUCCACAAGCUUUCUGGAAAAUACGGUUGAAUCAUACUAUUAAUGAACUCACAGUAGAAUUCCAUUGGGCAAGAAACCGUCUGUUUGAUAAACAAUGCUGUGAGGCAUAUUUGAUGCUAUGUCAGGCAGAUCCCCUCGUAAAAAUUGUUAAUGUAACGAAUAAGCCGAAAAGUAAGUGGCGACCUACUCCAAUGGAUACGAUAGAGCUGGAGAAGUUAGGCUCGAGGAAGCUCAAAAUUAAUGCCAAACAAACAAUGACAAUAGCGGAAAAACUGUACACACAAGGUAUCAUAAGUUACCCACGUACGGAAACCAACAUGUUCACCCAUGAUAUAAAACUGGGUCCGUUGGUAGAAAUGCAAACCAACCACCCGAAUUGGGGUUCGUUCGCUCAAAAAGUACUUGAAUGGGGGCCAAAUCCUCGUAACGGAAAAAAAUCUGACCAAGCCCAUCCACCGAUUCAUCCCACGAAGUUCGUAUCAAAUCUUACUGGCGAUGAGCAAAAAGUGUAUGAAUUGAUUGUGCGACAUUUUCUAGCCUGUCUCAGUAAAGAUGCCGUUGGAGCAGAAACGAUAGUUAACGCUGUAAUUGCAGCAGAGGAGUUUACUGCGUCCGGGCUAUGCAUUCUUGAACGAAACUACCUGGAAGUUUAUCCAUAUGAUCGAUGGAAUUCAAAAGAAAUUCAUGCCUAUCAGGUGGGCAAUACAUUUGAACCGACGGACUUAGAUCUCCAUGAAGGGUCAACGACCGCACCGAACAUGUUAACCGAGGCGGAUUUAAUUGCAUUGAUGGAAAAGCACGGAAUCGGAACUGAUGCCACGCAUGCCGAGCAUAUCAAUACGAUCAAAGAACGUGGUUAUAUCGGAGAAGCGGAUCGCGGUUUUCUGGUACCGGGAACGCUUGGGAUGGGAUUAGUCGAGGGUUACGAGUCGAUGGAACUGCCUCUUGCCCAACCAGAACUUCGAGCUGGGCUUGAAGCUGAUCUGAAGUUAAUUUGCGAAGGUAGAAAAGACCCUAAAAUUGUGCUGCAAGAACAGAUUCUGAAGUAUAAGGAGGCAUACAGAGUAAUCACAGAAAAAGCCAGAGCUCUAGAUCAAGCGAUGGGCCAGAGACUCAAUCAUACCCCGAGGGAUGCUCCCACAAAUCAGUUCAGCACGGGAGGUUCGGCUUCUAUACAAGAAGUCUGCAAAUGUCCCAAAUGUGGUCAAAUGAUGUGUCUGAGAACGAAAAAGGAUGGAAAUGGAUACUAUUUAGGUUGUCUUGGUUUCCCUGAUUGUAAAAAUAGUGUAUGGUUUGACGAAAAUAUAAAAGAAGUUACAGGAACGGAUGAGGUCUGUCCAAAGUGUGGUGGGAUCAAUAAAAAGAUGGCCGUAAAAUUUAGGCAUGCUCGAUUUUAUGGGUUGCUUAACCACGUUAACGAUCAAACUUACAAAACCUGCAUCGUAUGUGACGACAAAUUCUGCGAUAUUCUUGGGAUCAACACUAGCUUAGUAAAGCAAUUCCGACCGAAUGGAAUUCGAGCAGAUAUUGCAAUACCACCACGUGGAACAGUGCCUCGCAGCAGUAAUAAUUCACGACCUACGAUUCCUCCUAACCGAUUGGCACAGAACUCGAACGACCGAUCCAGUGGGUAUAACACUGGCAGUAACAAUUGGAGCUCCCAUAAUGAUGAUGAUGACGAUGAUGAUCGACGAGGCGGUGGAGGGGGAGCGAUUGUUGCCGGUAGGAAAAACGUUCCUGCUAAUACCGGUUGGGGUGGUAGCUGGAACUCAUCCAUAGUGGUUACACCAAAUGCCUCCAACUCAGCACGCAACAGAACUAACGAUUCCCAGGCACAAAAUUCACGAUCGCACGAUGAACAGGUUAUGUGUCGUUGUUCUCUGCCAACGAAAGAAUUAACGGUUAAAAAAGAUGGUCCCAACAAAGGACGGCCGUUUUUCGCCUGUCCCAAGGCUCAAAAUGAACAGUGCGGUUUCUUUCAGUGGGCUGAUGAAAACACUGCCCCACAAGCGUCAUCGGGAUCAUCGUGGGGUAGCCAUUCUAGACUACCUUCCAGGGCUAAUGGUAAUUCGUCAGAGUGGGGAAGAACGCACGGUAAUAGCGGAGAUGGACAAGGCCCGAAGGGCAAAGGUGGCAGAGGAACGGGAGAGCGUGGUAAAGUGACGCGGAAAUGCGGCUUCUGUCGUCAGGAGGGACAUACAAAAGCGAAGUGUCCUCAGCGGGAAAGUAUAGAUUAUUGAAGUUUCUUAACCCAUUAAACCCCAACAGCAAGCAACACGGUGAGACAUCAAAUGCAACCAACAAUUUGCUGUGAUGUAUAUAAGUGUUGUUUUCGCAAUGCUGAAUUGUCGAAAUGGGCCAAGGAACAGUUGGUUAUACUUUAUGUUUAGCUGAGAUUGUGUUUGUCACUAUUAUAUAUCUUGUACA